CAUCAUAAAAACCAAUCGCUUUUCCUUUUCCCCUCCCAUCUGUCAUUGUUCUUCCUCCACAUUUUCCAUUUUUCUUCUUCUCUCUUUUUUUACCCUAUUUGAUAGGGGUUCCAUGUCCUAUCUCCAAUCUAUCUCAUGCAUCCGUGUCUUCAAUUUACAUACAUUGAAGUUUUAGCUUUCUUUCUUGUUGGGUCUCUCUCUUUUUUUUUUCCCUCUCUUAGGAGGGAUUUUGGGCGGCGAACUUUGCGAAUUUUACCUACCGGGGUUUUUUUUGAGCUGUACUCAUGUCAAAGCUCUUUUCUUUUAGUGGAUCUGAUGAUUUUUUCCCUGAGGGGUCGAUCUACCCAAACCCCAAGGAAUCAAAUCUCCUUUUGUCCCUUGGAAGUCAUGUGGAUGUUUAUUUUACCCCUUGUAAGAGGUCCCGCAUCAGUGCGCCUUUUGUUUUCUCCGGUGAGAGGUUUGAGCAGAAGCCAUCGAUCGAGGUUCUCCCUGAUGAAUGCUUAUUCGAAAUCUUCAGACGGUUGCCUGGAGGCCAAGAGAGGAGUGCCUGCGCUUGUGUUUCCAAGCGCUGGCUUACACUUGUAAGCAACAUCCGCAGAGGUGAAAUCAGUGACAAUACCACAGAUGCUUUGAAUCUCAAGGAUGUUGAUUCUGAGGUUGGAGAUCAGAAUCUCCAGGGAGAUGGAUACCUCUCUAGGAGUUUGGAAGGGAAGAAAGCAACAGAUGUUAGACUUGCUGCUAUUGCUGUCGGAACUGCUAGUCGUGGUGGAUUGGGCAAGCUUUUCAUUCGAGGAAGCAAUUCCAGCCGUGGAGUGACUACCGUGGGCCUAAGGGCCAUUUCCCGUGGAUGCCCUUCUCUGAGGGUUCUUUCUUUGUGGAAUUUGUCUUCUGUUGGAGACGAAGGGCUAUGUGAGAUUGCCGAUGGGUGUCACCAGCUACAGAAGCUUGACCUUUGCCGCUGUCCUGCUAUUACUAAUGAGUGUUUGCUCGCCAUUGCAAAGGGCUGUCCUGAUUUGACUGAUCUGACCAUUGAAGGAUGUGCAAACAUUGGAAAUGAAGGUAUCCAGGCUGUAGCACGCAGCUGUCCCAAUCUAAAGUCUCUUUCAAUUGAAGGUUGUCCCCUUGUUGGAGAUCAAGGAAUUGCAAGCCUGCUGACAUCGGCCUCAUAUUCCCUCACAAAAGUAAAACUUCAGGCAUUGAACAUUACCGAUGUCUCUCUUGCCGUAAUUGGACACUAUGGCAAGGCAGUGACCGACCUUUAUCUCACUAGCCUUCCAAAUGUUACCGAGAAGGGCUUCUGGGUAAUGGGUAACGGUCAUGGGCUACAGAAAUUGAAGUCUUUCACAAUUAAAGCCUGCCUUGGAUUGACGGAUUUGGGACUGGAAGCUGUUGGUAAGGGUUGCCCAAAUUUGAAGCAGUUCUGCCUCGGCAAAUGUGCUUUCUUAUCUGAUAAUGGGUUGGUGUCUUUUGCCAAAGCAGCGGUUUCACUAGAGAGCUUGGAACUGGAGGAGUGCCACAGGGUUACCCAACUUGGGUUUUUUGGUUCCCUUCUUAACUGUGGUCCAAAGUUCAAGGCUAUUUCUCUUGUUAAUUGCUUGGGUAUCAAGGACCUAAGCUUGGGAUUGCCUCCUCUAUCCCGUUGUGGAAACCUUCAAUCACUGUCCAUCCAUAACUGCCCUGGCUUUGGCAAUGCUAGCUUGGCUGCUGUGGGAAAGUUGUGCCCUCAUCUGCAGAACGUGGAGUUGAGUGGGCUUCAUGGAAUAACAGAUGCUGGGUUUCUCCCAUUGCUCGAGAGCUGUGAGGCUGGUUUGGUGAAGGUUAAUCUCAGCAGUUGUGCCAAUUUGAGUGACAAAGUUGUUUGCAAGAUGGCUGAUUUACAUGGGUGGACUCUAGAGAUGUUGAAUCUUGAUGGUUGCAAGAUCAGUGAUGCCAGUUUGGUUGCAAUUGCAGAGAACUGUCAGUUGCUCAGUGAUCUAGAUGUCUCCAAGUGUGCUAUCACUGACUCCGGAAUUGCUGCUCUGGCCUGCUCUGAUCUGAUCAAUCUUCAGAUCUUAUCUGUCUCUGGUUGCUCUAUGGUCUCAGACAAGAGCCUGCCAUCACUUGGAAAAUUGGGUCUGACCCUCCUGGGGUUAAACCUCAAGCAAUGCAAGGCAAUCAGCAGCGGUGUAGUCGACCUGCUUGUGGAGCGGCUAUGGAGGUGUGAUAUCCUUUUCUGAACAACACUGCAGUAUGGGAUUAUCAAUAACUGGGGUUUCGACCCACCAAGAAGAUUUCAUAAUAGCCUUCGUGAGUAGCGGAAGUUUGUUUUUGGGUCCAUCAGUUAUGGGUCUUCUACAGUCUGGAACUCGGACCCUUUUUCCAGGUGUCCGUAAUUUUUUUUUGCAGGUUUCUUUUCAUAAGAGAUCUGUUAUACCAGGUUUUUGAAUCCCAAUAAUGGGUGUUGGUUGCUUCAUGGCCUAACGUCCCUGAGAAUAUAAUUGCUGCUGGGUUCUGGAUUUUAGGGGUAUUUUUUUUUUCUUCAUGUUAAAAGGUUUCAGUUUGCUGGGUUUCUGGCGAAUGGUGUUUUUGCUUAGCCUUGUUCACUUCUUACUUGGGGUAAGCUUGUUGUACUAUUAUCGUCCACCAUUGGUUUUACCGAGUCUCACGUUUUUGAACUUAAUGUUCUACACGUGAUGGUUGGGUCUCUUUUUUGUUUACUUCAAUGGCGGAUUGAAAAUCUCGGGUCAUCGUAGUUGUGGUUUUGCUUUUGGCAGUUCAAAGUAAGUUUGAUGUCUAGCUUUUAUAGGCUUUGGCCAUGGCACCCGGUUUAUAUGGUCUGCCAUGACAGCUCUUGGAGCUGUUUUUUACAUUUUUACCAAGCCUUAGUUUUGCUGGUUUCAUCUUGUGCUCUGAACUGUACUGUGUAACCUCUCUCAACAAUGUAACGAGUAUUAGAUCCGCCAUUGGAGGUCUUGUAUGGUUCUGUUGCCCAUGAUCAAUAAACGUAAUCGAACUUUAUGUA